AUGGACGAGCUCCAGAAAAAGAUUGACGAGAAAGAUGGGUCUCCGGAGCCACAAGACGUGCUGACCACCCCGUUCACGGGGGCAGUCAUGGAAGAGCCCUUCCCCAAGGACUUCCGUUUCCCAAAAAUCAAGACGUACUCAGGGACUUCCGACCCGCGAGUGCAUCUCAACAGGUACCGGGCCGCCAUGUUGAUGACGAGGGCUAGUGACGCAAUCAUGUGCCGGGGUUCCUUUUUGACCCUGGAUGGCCCGGCCCAGGACUGGUUCGGAUCCCUCCCGGAGGGCUCCAUCUGUACCUUCGCGGCUCUUACCAAGCAAUUCAUGUCGUAUUUCGCCAGCAACGUACAAAAGAGGAAGGAGUUUGCAGACCUAUAUCGCGUAAAGCAGCGGCCCACAGAUUCACUACCGGAGUUCCUCAACAAAUGGAAGCAUGAAGUAUUGGGGGUCGCCAACUUCGACGACAAGGCAGCCAUAAUAAUCUUCAGGAAUAACUUGCGGUCCAGCCCGUUUUACCGGGACCUCAUCCGGUACCCUCCCAAGACCUACAACGAGCUAAUGGACCGGGCAACAAGGUUCGCAGAGGCCGAAGUAGCUGAGAAGCGGAAGAAGGAUGAGGAGGAGGGGAGGAGUCGGAAAGACAAAGCACCCCAAGAGGAGCACCGGGCACCAAGGCCACCCCACCGCGAGUUUGUCGAGGGGCCUCGGUUAACCCCUACGCGUUUCCUCACCCCCUUAACACAGCCCGUAAGCACCAUCCUGGACCACGCGGAAGGCCAAGGGAUCGUGCAGUACCCAGGGGAGUGCAUGAAGAUAUCCCCCAAGGUGGACCCCAAUAAAUAUUGCAGGUUCCACCUCCAGACAGGGCACGACACAGACGAAUGCAUCCACCUCAAACGUCAAAUCGAGGACCUCAUUCAAAGGGGGUACCUCGACCAGUUUCUCACUGAGGAGGAGGAGAAGGAGCUCGACAACCCCACACCCCAGAAGAAACAGGCCAUCCACGUUAUCUUUGGGGGGCCAGAAGGGGGGGACACGCCGGCAGAACGAAAGAAGUGGGCGAGAAGCCUAUAUGUUGGAGAGGUCGUGCGACCCCCGCACGAGAAGAGGCCGAGGUGUGAACCCAUCGUGUUCACAGAUGCUGACCUACCUGAUGGCCCCCUCCCCCAUCGUGACGCCCUAGUCAUCAAGGUGGAAAUCAGUGAUGUGAUAGUGCACCGGGUGCUCGUGGACACAGGCAGCUCGGUAAAUGUCAUGUUCUACGACACGUUCACCCAGCUGGGCCUAUCGAGAAAGCAGUUGGGGCAAGUGCGGACCCCUUUAGCGGGCUUCACAAGGGACUCCAUUGAGACGGAGGGGUCCAUAAAUCUGGAGGUGGAGAUAGGCACCCCUCCCCGUGUCAAGAGGUGGGAGGUCGAGUUUGUGGUGGUCAAGAUCAAUUGCGCUCAUAACAUAAUACUCGGUCGGCCUGCCCUAGAGGAUCUUAGGUGCUUAAUCUCCAUGGAGCACCUGUGCCUCAAAUUCCCGACCCCUGUUGGGGUCGGGACCGCCCGGGGGGAUCAAAGGGUCAGUCGUAGCUGUUAG